GACAAUUACUCGUAUUUGUUCAUGUUAUUAAUAAGAAGACCAUAUGUAACUUCAAAAUAUUUUUCAAAUUGUGAAAAUUUAUGAUGUUCACAGUUAAGAAUAUAAGUCCAUGAAUACACUCACUUUUUUUCAAAAGUGUGAAGUAUUUUCACAAACAACCAUUUCCGUUUGUUGUUCCCUCUUCACCUGAUCAAAGCAUUCUGUUUGAUUGUCCGUCCCAUUUUAUAUAAAGCCUACAUUCUUUUCUCAUGAUUGGUAAAGAGAUGGUUGGGAAGCUAGCAGUUAUGCUUAUCAGUGUGUAUUUAAUCAUGCUGUACACUAGCCAAACAACUUCCAAAGUUCAUGCUGAACCAAUACAACGAUGGUUUCCUAUGGCCCCCGGAUCAUUUAAAAGAAAUCCAUUCAGUCAAGUUGAUAGCAGAGAAGACUUAACAGGUCCGUACCUUGAAGAUGAACAAGAUUUCAACAAACGUGCUGUGCGUUUGAUGAGACUUGGAUAACUGACGGACAGGAAAGUUUAAUAUAUAACAUCUGAAAUAUUCGCGAAACACGAAUGUAACUAUCACAUUCUUAAUUUAACUAAUACAAAAUCACUUAAUA